UUCUCUUUCUCUCAACGAUCAGUCUCACGAGAUCUUACGAGAUUUGCAUCUGAGAAAGAUGGUUUCCGUUCUGUCCUGUCAGGACGAAGUGUCGGCUGUGAUUGUAGCAGUUGUUUCUCGUCUCGAUGAUCUCCUGGAAGAACGGCUAUGAACCAGAGUGGUGAACUAAAUACCCUACCAGACAAUUGUGUGUUGUUGAAGACUGCAAGAGACAGAGAGAAAGAGAGAAGUAGGAGGUUGUGGUCGAGAUGGGAUCGCAUACUUUGGACAUCCUUCGACAAGGAAUAUUGCCUUCGUUCACGGGAGGCUGGUACUAUGACGCCAACCAGAGUACAUUCUCCAACAUAUUCCACCUCUAUCUAUGGUUGUUUCUAUUGGCCUUUCCUCUAACCUUGUACCUGACCGUUGCCACAUCGAUCUUUGUAUGGAUGAUAUACUGCGGAGUAGUAGGGCUAGUGUUUGCCAUUAUAAAGAGUAUCAACUAUAAACUUCAUCACAUGUUCGACACUUCGGAAGGCUUUGAAGAGGCACUGGACAAGUUUGCUGAGAAGAAUACUUCACAGACCAAAGUUGAUUCUCGUCGUUCCAGUGCCAAGAGUAACCACAAGAAUGGCGAUAAUAGCAGUGAUUCUGAGGAAUAUAUCGAAAUGUCAGUGAUGAAUCGGUCUCAGAACUGUACAAUCACCCCACCAGUCCAUCACAGUUCAAGAAAUUCUGUCAUUUUAGAAACACAACCAGUUCACAAAGAGACAAAUACCAGCCACCAACUUGAUGUCGAGGAUUCAAAAAAUGAUGCAGUACUGCGGGUGGAGGCUGGAGGUGACGGCACCUCGUCACUGUUGCCGAUGUCUUCGUCUUCUUCGUCGGUGAUGAUGAUGAUGAUGAUGGACAGCAGCGGAGGUGUUGGUGGUGGUGACAGUGGGGGUGGAGCUGUACUGGAAACAGUUGAAGUCCACAACACCUCGCCGACUACUUCUAAACCUCCAUCUCCUACUGAUACCACCACUGCUACUACUGCUGCCAUUACUACUACUACUACUACUACCACCACUACCAGUACUACUACUACUACUGCUGCCGAUGAUGAUGAUGAUGAUGAUGAUGAUGAUGAUACUGAUGAUGCAGAUGACACAGCCACACCCAACGUUGCUCUGCCAGCAGUGCUAAAUGAUGAGCUGUCAGCCAACUUCCCCCAUCAAAUCACAACCAAAGUGUAUGUUGAACAGCAGCUGAGCAAAAGCAGCUCCUUGUCGAACACCACCACACCCCCGGAUGGUUCUCACCGUGUCGAUGCUGACAGUGAACUCUCUCCGGAGCCACGCAUGAAGAGGCGGAAAGCUGUUCGUAGAACAAAGAGCUCGCUGGAGAGCUGGUACGGUCAAGCUGUAGCAGGAGGCAACCACAGUGGGUCACAGUCACACCAUCAGCUACAGCGCUCGCUCGAUUGUGCCAUUGCUUCCCGUCAAAGGCCCAGGGUGCUGGCUCUCGACAGUAAGGACAGCAGCAACUCCCGAAUGUCUGCAAGUCAUUCUAGUAGUUUGGAACACGACAAACCAAAGCGGCUUUUGUGUCGUCAGGCCAAUGUUGAGAGUAUGGAUGUUGAUUCGGAUGAUACAAACACAGAUGACAGCACAUUUCACCACCGUAACACAUCGAGUUCCCGGUCACUGGAUCGUAAGAUUUGGAAAUGGAUCAACAAGAGAUCACCAGCAACCAGCACUGAAAAGAAAAACAUGUAUCUAGCAGAGAUCAAAGCCAGGCCAUCCCAAAGGACAUCCUUCCCCCCUGCCAUGGGUCAACACUAUCCAAUUUCAUUACACAUGCCACAGUCAGCGAGCUGCAAGGGACCACUAGACAGGAAUGUUGGGGAUAUUUUCAACGGCCUUAAAGACAUCCGGCAUAAUAAACGAACUUUCUCUGGCGCUGUCAGUUAUGGCCAGCGCCUGGGGUCAGGCCGUACUAUUGCUGAGACCACACAAAUCAUAAAUGGUACAGUUGCAACGACAACAGUUGCAACGACAAUUGCAACCACAGCAGUGACAUCUGGUGUCCCACCAUCUUCAAAGAGCAGAGAUUCUGGUGUCUUCCGUUUCAUGCGUCUCUUGCAGGGAUCCGAUGAAAAGAAAGUGGAAACUAGCAAUUCCCAACAGAGUAGUGUAGUUGGCCUUGACUGGUUGUUUAGUACAGACAGUGAGUCCGGGAGUUCAGGUGAGAGUCGCUCUCAACUCGAAGUGUCUGAGUCGACGAGCACAAUCACCAAUGAUGACACGAGCCCAGCCGCAACGGGUGGUGACGGCUUUGACGAUGACAUAAGCCCAGCUGGAGACCGCGAACAGCCCGGUCAGUAUCACUUGCUUAAGGAACACGACAACACAUCACCAAGCAGCCCCAGUCAAGACGAACUUGAUUUGAAGCACUGUGGCGCCAUUCCAAAGAAAUACUCCUUGAAGCAGUCUGCUGACCCACAACUAAAGUCACAGAACUUAUCCAGUAGUCCGUCAGAUGAAGGGCCGUUUGGAGCGUCUCCUGAUCCACCCGACCCAGAAACUCUUUGUCGAAACAUCAUUGAAAUUUUGGAUGAUAACAAUGAAUUCCCUGAGAAGAUGCGCAAACUGAAAGCUGUUGUCCAGCCAACCAAAAAAUCAUAUUACCGGAAUGAGGACCAAAGCAAAGAAAGCAGGUUAAAAGAGCCAACUUUGAUGAAAGACAAAGCAACAUCUCCGGCUGAACUUGGUGCUAUAGGUGGAACCACUCAGGAAGAUGGUGAUACUAGGUCGACGGAUUCUAAAUCUGUGACACCAACCGAGGCAUCGGCUCUCCUACCCCUGAAAGAUAUUCUAAACAAAGAAGAUUCACAGUCACGAAGGCGUCGCUAUCGUCGAGAAACCGGUCGUGUGAACAUGCGUCGUGUGCACACACGACGAUCCCCACCGCUGCGUGCUGCACUCUUCAACAUCAUUGCUGGAGGGCAUCUUGCUUCAUCACAUGAUGAUACCACUGAAGGGGCCAUGCACUAUUUUCAAGAUGAAGUGGGUAAUUGGUUUACCUACACAUUUGGAGAGAAUAGCUCUGGUGUGGCCCAAGGUGUUAUUGACAUGGAUCUGGUGAAGUCAAAUGAUAAAAGUUUCCAUGAAAGUACAUCAAGCAGCGGUUCUGGUUCACCGGUUGUCAUUGAACCAUCACCAAAGAGAGAAGAGCAGGCCAUUGUUUGCCGUGAACGGUCACUGGAUUUCCAUUCCAACCUGCGUCCAACACAAGCAUUUUACCCAUGGCAGAUGGAGUCACAGUGGGGUUUGGUGGAACCUUUUGGCAGUGGUCACCCAAAUGUUGAUGACAUCUCAGACAGUCCAUCAGUGACCGAGGUCUCUUCGGGUCAUCAGUCAAUUGACAAACCAAAGCAGUUUUAUAAGUUCUGGUUGUUUCCUAAUAAAUACAUCAAAAUACAUUUUGACCGAUUGGAAUUGUUGGCAUUACUGGACAGAAACUUGACCGUCGUGGAGAACCUGAUAGCCAUUCUGAUGGCAGUAGCAGUCAGUUCACUCGGUGCCCUCGUUCUUUCAUCACAUUUCUACAAAGAUUUCUACAUCUUCAUCUUUUGUUUCAUUCUGGCCAGUUGUCAAUAUUCUUUGCUCAAGAGUGUACAACCAGAUUCAGCAUCACCUAUGCAUGGCUACAAUCGUCUAAUAGUGUUCAGCCGUCCAUUUUACUUCUGUUUGUGUUGUGGCCUUCUCAAGUUCCUCGACUAUACAAUUCACCAUGCAUCUUCAACAUCAUUUAUCAUCUAUGGCUUCCCAUUUACUGCAACUGCAUCGCUAACAUUUGCCAAAAGUCUUAUGAAAGUUUUUAUCUUGCUGUUACCAGUUCUGUUCAUGGUUGGACUUCUUCCUCAAGUCAAGACAUUCUUCAUGUACAUAUUGGAACAGACAGACAUGCAUAUCUUCGGAGGAAAUGCCACUACCAGUCUUGGUGCAGCUGUCUAUUCAGUAACAAGAAGCUUAGUCGCUGUUGCUGCAUUAUAUUUCUUCUGCUACUAUGCCCUGAAGCAGAAGGAAAGUUCCCAACAUGUCCUGUUUUCUAUAUUCUGUGCCCUGUCUGUUGCUAUUUCAUACCAUCUCAGUCGGUCUGCCAGCCACCCUGGGGUUCUUGGUUCUCUUAUAAAAGAUAUGAUUUGUGGUAAAAAGUCCAGCCAAACUAAGGAACCAGGAGAGAAUGAACUAAUUGACCCCUUACCUGACAAACUCAAGAAAUGUGUCAGUGACCGACUGCAGUCUGAUCUACUUGUGUGCAUCUUAUUUGCGGUCAUCAUGUUUGCUGUCCACGUCAGCACUGUAUUUAACAGUCCUGUGUUACAGCCCUACCUCAGUGACGUCCUCUGCUACUUGGCUGCUUCUCUUGGUUUCAUCAUUCACUACAUAAUCCCGCAGAUGCGGAAAGAGAUGCCCUGGCUGUGCUGCUAUACCCCUAUCCUACCCAGCUAUGAAGGAAAACACAUGGAGUCAGAUGAUCCUGCACCAAUCAUGUGUUUCGAGAAGCUCUAUAUAUGGUUACGCUUUGUGGAACGGAACAUUGUCUACCCAGUUGUCUUUCUUUGUGCCUUAACACUGUCUGCACCUCUUUUAGUGAAGAAGUUUGGACUCUAUUUUGGUUCUGUGAUUGUGGUGGUGUGUGGCCUGAAACUGCUAAGAUUUGCUUUCUCCGACACACUCAAACAGCAUAUGAUCUUGGCAUUCACCGUUCUCUUCUUCAAAUAUGACUACAAGGCAGCCUCAGAGACAUUCCUUUUGGACUACUUCGUCAUAUCAAUCCUGUUUUGUAAGUUCUGUGAUCUGCUGCUGAAAGUGAAGUUCAUUAUAACCUACAUUGCCCCAUGGCAAAUCACCUGGGGUUCGGCAUUCCAUGCAUUCGCUCAGCCAUUCAGUGUACCACAUUCUGCCAUGCUGUUUGUCCAGGCAGCCAUAUCUGCCAUCUUCUCAACACCUCUCAAUCCAUUCCUUGGGAGUGCCAUAUUCAUCACAUCUUACAUACGACCUGUCAAGUUUUGGGAACGAGAUUACAACACCAAAAGAGUUGAUCAUAGCAAUACGUGUUUAGCAUCUCAACUGGAGCGCAAUCCAGGUGCAGAUGACAACAACUUGAAUUCCAUUUUCUACGAGCACUUGACCCGCUCACUGCAGCACAGCCUCUGUGGUGAUGUGAUGAUGGGUCGGUGGGGGAACUAUUGCCAAGGAGACUGUUUCAUCAUGGCAUCCGACUAUCUCAAUGCUUUGGUACACAUCAUUGAAACUGGCAAUGGACUGGUGACCUUUCAACUGAGAGGACUUGAAUUCCGAGGGACCUACUGCCAACAGAGAGAAGUGGAAGCUAUCACAGAAGAAGUCAACAACGAUGAAGGUUUCUGUUGCUGUGAACUCGGUCAUCUCCCUCACCUUUUGUCCCUCAAUGCAGCGUUUAACCAACGUUGGUUGGCCUGGGAGGUGAUGGUCACUAACUACAUCUUAGAAGGAUACAGUAUCAGUGACAACAGUGCGGCCACCAUGCUGCAGGUGUUUGACCUACGGAAACUACUAAUCAACUAUUACAUCAAGAGUAUCAUAUACUACACAGUACGUUCCCCUUGUCUCGACCAGUGGAGCCAGAAUGAAGAGCUACGCGUGGCCCUUGCGCCACUCCAGUGUAACGACUACGUUGACCUUGACCCCACCUUCAAUGCUCAUGUUGAUGAUGAUUAUGAUAGCCGGCUAUUAGGAAUCACAAGAAACAGUUUCUGUAAUGUCUACUUCAGUUGGAUACAGUUCUGUGCUGCACGCAGGGAGAAGUCUGUGGAAAGUGGUAAAGACUCCUUCCUUGUAUCGUUGUGUUAUGGACUCAGUUUGCUGGGACGUCGAGCCCUGUGUACAGCGUCACACAACGGGGCAUCAGUGGGAGUUGAUUAUUUCCUCUUCCGUCUUCACGCCCUCUUUAAAGGAGACUUCCGUGUGACAUCAUCACGUGAUGAAUGGGUUGUAAAGGAUGUGGAGCUUCUCCGUAGAGUUGUGGCCCCUGCACUGCGCAUGUCCCUUAAACUACAUCAAGAUCAUUUUGCCUCAUCCGAUGAAUAUGAUGAUCUGCAAGUUUUAUACAAUGCUAUCAGUAAUUAUGAAAAAAAUAUGGUCAUCUCUCAUGAAGCCGACCCAGCAUGGCGCAAUGCUGUCCUCUCCAACACAAACUCUUUGCUUGCUCUACGACAUGUCUUUGACGAAGAAUUAGAUGAAUACAAAAUUAUAAUGUUGAAUAAAAGAUAUCUGUCGUUCCGGAUUGUCAAAGUGAAUAGGGAAUGUGUGCGAGGGUUGUGGGCUGGACAACAACAAGAACUGAUUUUCCUCCGCAAUCGAAACCCUGAACGAGGCAGCAUACAGAAUGCGAAGCAGGCUCUUCGCAACAUGAUCAACUCCUCCUGUGACCAGCCCAUUGGAUACCCGAUCUAUGUGUCUCCACUCACUACAUCGUAUUCCUCAACACAUGAGCAGCUGGCCACCAUCAUAGGAGGAGAGUUCUUGCUUUCAAAUGUCAAAAGUUUCUUUAAAAACUUAUGGUUCAGAAUGCGUCGGCACUGUGGUGCCAGCUGCGCAGGAAGAAGUUCUGGUUUUCAAGAAGAAGCGACCUGCACCAGCGCCUGCACUCAUGCUGCUGCAGCUGUGCAACUUGGUUCAAUGCGUUCCAACUCCAACAGUGCACCACCGACCACUGGUGCACCCUCAGUAGGCGGUGGAGCGGCAACAACAGGUAGUGGUGCUGUGUCACCUAGCAACCAGUCUGACAUCACACUGCAGAACCUAACCAACAGUCACAACAGUAAGUUGAGCUCACCUGCUGCUGUUACCACGGCAACAACCACACCAACAUCAACAGCAACAACAACCCCUUCUAUAACAGCUCUCCUCGAUAGCAGGAGCAGCAGCAGUGGUAAUGGUGUACCUGCUACUGCACCCACUGCACCUACUGUUGUAACUAGCACUGCCCCUGGUUCAAACUCUGUCAACAACACCACCACUAAAGAACCAACCAUCUCACAACGGGUCAGAAUAAUGGAUCCCAGCCAAAUGUAUGACAAUAUGAACCUAGGCCGUCGUAUCGAUGUUCAGUGGCCCCGUGAUGAUUGGAAACAAAAUGGAGGCAAAAGUGGUUGGAAUGGCUGGACACCCACAAAGGGAUUAGAGGGCACUAUUGUACAUCGAUGGGUCCCGUGUCACCGUGACCCUGUCUGCAGGUCCCAUGUUGACUACACCAUCCUGUUAGUUCAGGUUGGCUCUGACAAAUAUGUACCAAUAGCCGAUGGUGGUGUGAUGCACUUGGGUGUCGAAGUUUGACCACGGUCCACUGCUGCUUCUGCGGUGUUUUCAGACUGCAACCUCAUCAACUGGCCAAACAUGGAUGCCACCGAUGGAUGUCAGCUUGACCUGACCUGACCUGAUCUGACCUCGGUUGACCUGGCCUCAGUUUGGCAAUAAAGCAUCAGAAGAAAUCUUAACCGAACACAAGAAGUUGACAAAAAAACAAUUUUGGGGUCCAGAGUUAUGGCAGUGAGAUUAUCUGGCAAACAAGGGUCACAUCUUUAUUAUAAUUAUUAUAAUAAUGGUAAUUAUUAUUAUUAUUGUAGACGAUGUGUUGAUGUUGACCUAAACUAUAGAAAGACAGUCUCGGCCCCUUUAUGAUCUCCCAGCUCAGUACCUCAUUGUUCAUUCCUGUUUGGCAGGCAAUACCAGUAAUACAUGGAGCUUCAAUCAACUGACCCUUCCACCUCUCUGUACAAAAUUUGGUUUUCUGCCAUGGACAAAAGCUACUAUUAUUAUUAUUAUUAUUAUGAUCAUUAUUAUUAUUAUUAUUAUCAUUAUUAUUAUUACUACUACUACUAAUAAUUGUUAUUUUUUGAUAUCUGUCAAUCACCAUGAUAUAGUGUUAAGUUUGUUCUGCAAACCAAGGUCUGUGAUAGGGUUUCAAUUCCCAGUUGGAUCCCUGUCAUGUUAUGGAACUAAUGACAUUGUGAAAGGCAUGACCAUCAUAACAUCUCAUUUUCUUCCCCCUAACCAUAGUAAUCUAAGGUGCCAUGCCAAUCUAUGAAAUUAUUAUUUUUAUUAUUAUUAAAAAAACAUGAAGUUAAAACUGUACCAUUCCUUGUUUGGUUGGCAAACAGAGUUAGACCGGACACGAAAGAAAUGUUUAAAAUGGGAGACUGUGUUUGUCCUCCUGUCUCUCUCCCACCACAACAAGAGGCCAUUCGACACCUUCUCUCCACCUCAUUGGACAUAACACACACACACACACAUACACACAGGGCUGACGGUAUUGUCUGGUGGUGAAAGAUCUCAGUUAUAAUCACAAAUAACAACUUUGACCAUAAUGAUGGUGAUGGUGGUGGUGGUGACUUGGAAUUACAAAGAAGUGAUGAUGAUGAUGAUGGUGAUGGUGCUGUUGAUGAUGGUAGUGAUGCUGAUGAUGAUGAUGAUGAAAUAUUAGAGACAACAAUAAAGAAAAUGGUUUAUUAAAUUUGUACAGACUUGUGAGUGUGUGUAUUGGUGAUGUAUAUAGAUUAAAACUAGAAAAAUGUGUGUAUGUGUGUAUAUAUUACUUACACAAAGGCUUGAAAAAUGAGUGUUUAUAUGUAUAUAUAUAUGUGUGUGUGUGUGUAAUUAAUGUGUGUGUAUAUAUAUAUAUAUGUAUAUUUGUGUAAUGUGUGUGUGUGUUUGUAUGUACAUACACACACACCUAAACAUUAAACCAGGAAAGAUGAGGGUUGCACAUGGAAUAAAGCUAUCUCUGAGUCAUUUGCUGUUCCUCCUCCUCCUCCUCCUCCAACCAUCACCACCACCACCAUCAUCAUCAUCAUCAUCAUCAUCAUUCUCAUCGCCCACAUCCUGACUUUCCCUUGUGAAGUCCUUCCUGGGGAUCAAACCUCUCUCUCUACAGUUUUAUUCACUUGGAUGAACAAAUAUUAAAAUUGUUUUACUCUCUC